AUGGCUCGACCAAAGAAAACUCCAGUCGAAGAUGCAGGCGAGCUGAUGGUCUCGGUUGAGUCCUACACGCGCACCAGAGAUUCCGUAAGUCUUUUGUUUUGUUCCACCGCGUGCCUUUGCUUUGCGCAAUUGCAGGUCUCGCGCGCGGUGCACCCGGCCACUACGCGCCGCGGCUCGACACCGUCUGCCAGCUCCUCUGAGGACACUGCUAACACAUACUCCCACCAACAGGUCAUUGUCUCGCUCAGCAACCUCCAGGCUGGUCUCGCCCACGUCCAGAGCGGACUGAACGAGCUUCUGCGCGCUUACUUGGAGCACACCAACUCGGUCAUCGCUGGCGAGGAUGGCGUUCUCGACAAGCUGUCGCUGGGCAAGGAGAUCGCCGCCACUGCCAACACUGCCAUUGAGGCUGCCUCGUCGACCGCCAAUGGCAUCGCGCAGGCCAUCAUUGCCGGCGACAAGAUGGACAUUGUCGAGACUGGCAAGCCUGUCAAGGGCGUCAAGCGCAAGCGCGAGAAGAAGGAGAAGGACCCCAACGCUCCGAAGAAGCCACUGACUGCUGCGUUCCUGUAUGCGCAGACUGCGCGCCCAAUCGUCAGGGGAGACCUCGAGGCCGCUGUUGGCCCUGACCAGAAGCUCGAGCCCAACGCUGUCAACCUCGAGGUGAACAAGCGCUGGAACGAGAUGCGCGAGGAGGAGAAGGAGACUUGGAGGCAGUCCUACCGCGACUCUAUGGAGCAGUGGAAGGAAGAGAUGGCCGCGUACCAGGCCAGCAAGGGCACUCCUAUCGUCGACCUCCACGAGGAUGACGAGGCUUCCGAGGUUGAGAUCGAGGCCGAAGCCGAGAUUCCUGUCGAGUCUGAGGACUCCUCCGAGGAUGAGGAGGCUGCGCCCGCCAAGGCUCCCUCCCCACCCAUCAAGACUCCUCGCGCCAACAAGCGCCAGAAGCUUGCGCAGAACCCCGCUGUCAACGGCGCUGCCGCUCCCGUUCUUGCCGCUGCCUCGCCCAUCCCUCUACCCAAGGCUGCUCCUGUCGCUGAGACUCCCGCCAAGAAGGAGAGGAAGAAGAAGGAGAAGGCUGCCCCGCAGGCCAUUGCGCCCGCUCCAGCAGCUGCCGCCAAGGAGGCCAGCCCCGAGGAGGCCCCCAAGAAGAAGGCCAAGGGCGGCCGCACCACAAGGAACAAUGAGCCCGAGGCUGCUGGCCAGGACAAGGAGAACGCCGCUGCGCCCGAGAAGGAGAAGAAGAAGCGUGCGGGCAAGCGCAAGGUCGAGGCCGCCGCCUAA